UUUCCGGUUCACCACAGGCCGCUUCUCCGUGGAAGGCUGAGACGGGCUGCGCCGACCGUCUGCGCAGACGGCGUCUGCGGUUGUCACGCAGCGGAAUGCCCGGCCUGCAUACUUCCCGGGUUCGCGCUUUGUACCGGCGCAUCUUGCAGCUUCACCGCGUUUUGCCCCCUGACCUCAAAGCCCUGGGUGACCAGUACGUGAAGGACGAAUUUAGGAGACAUAAGACCGUUGGUUCUGACGAAGCCCAGCGUUUCUUGCAGGAGUGGGAGGCAUAUGCAGCAGUGUUAUGGCAACAAGCUAAAGACAACAGACAAAAUUCAACUGAAAAAACAUGUUUUGGCAUUUCUCUUCCAGAAGAAAAACUUAAUGACUUUCGUGAUGAACAAAUUGGACAGUUGCAAGAGCUGAUGCAAGAAGCUACUAAACCCAACAGGCAGUUUAGUAUUAUUGAGUCUACAAAACCAAAAUUGUGAUACAAUGAAGCCAAAUAAAACAUGUAAAACCCA